AUGGACCCGAACUGGCGUCCGGCCGUUCAGGUCGUCAUUAAUACUGCCAACGGUUAUGGACAAAGUUAUGGUCCAAAUGCGCAGACUCAGCAGCGCCAGACAAGGCCUCUGGCUGUCGAUGAGGCGCUUCAGUACUCGCCUAUGUCAAGUGCACCAGUGUUUGGUUUGGACUGCGUAUUACGUCCUGAUAUUGGUCGACCCUCGAAUACCACCUCAAUCAACCACAUCCUACAGGCCGGACGCUCUGCGUUGAGUGAUCUCGAUAGUGAUGUUAAAUCCGGGACGGACGAGUCUAGCCGCUUAGACACUUCUCGCGAAUACUUGCAGCAGCUUCUGGAUGGGGAUCAAUUGACGGAGUUCAAGUUCAAGUUACCUCCCGGUGCAGGUGUCACUCAGAACCCGCCCUCAACGUCUGAUGGUAUUGCUUCGAGACGUGACAAUCUUGGCCCGUUUGCAAAGAUGCUACUGGAUUCGACGGAUAUAGCUUUCCGAUAUCCCGAGUCGACGGCUCCGACACUGAAAGUGACACCGAAAGCAGAGAGUAUCGGUCCUCCCCAGAAACUCGCAUCUUGGAACGAACGAGCGCGCAAUUUGAACAAGUCUAUGACCCCGUCCAUACCAUCGCAUGCUCAGUUGUCCGUAGUGAUCCCUACGAAAACGAUCCCUCCCGAUACCCCUCAUAAGCCUGGCGCAAAGAGUGGAGGAGAUAAACUUACUUCUAUUCGCCUUAAAGAUCAGAAGGAAGAGGCGGACGCUGCGUUGAUGAAGCUUCAAGAUCUGCUUCAUGAGAUUUUCGAGGCUGAGGAUCAGCUAGAACCAGGGUCAGACGGUCCCAAUGCAAUUUUCUCAGUUGCACAGUCUCUUGAAGUGAGCGGUUUCAUCUUGUCCUCAGACGUGCAUGGUCAUAUUCAAAAGGCGAUAAGGAAAGUGGUCGGCUUUAACCGACUCCAAGAUAUCCCAUCAGAUUACAUCAACCGGAUUCAGAAACUCUGCGAGAAGCCCAUAGUUGCUGCUCAGUCUCCCGACUUGAAACUGGAUCAUCCGUCGAACGAAUCAGGGGCGCAACACUGGCUGAAAAAACCAGGUGAUAUGCAAAAUGCUCUCCUCGCGAUUGCUACGUUACUGUUGACCAUGUCCGGCCGUCAAAGCGAACGCGAUCUGUGCCCUGAAGAUCUUGUUGAAGCCAUCCCAAAUGUUUUGAAUCAAGUAUUCGACAACUGCAUCAUCUCCGCGGCUGAGUCCCGUUCGGGUGGUAAAGAUGCCAACUAUUUCGAGUUCUUCUCAGCGCAAAAAGGUGUCAUCGGAGGCCUGAUCCACCAAAGCAGAAAAGUCCUCUCGCUUUUUGCUGAUUUCCUUACACGGGUAGAUGUCACUGAGGGGACAAUCACCGCAACUGAGUUCUUUGCUGCCAAGUUGAUCUUCGUGGAAAAUGCUCACACAGACAAAGAUUCCGCAAUUGGCUUUCAAAGAUAUGAGUCUGUCCGUCGCGGAGCAAUGGAUGUUCUUGCCAAAAUCUUUUCGAAGUACCCUGAUCAACGGCCUUUCAUUCUUGAUGAAAUCUUGGUUUCACUGGAGAAACUCCCUUCAACACGACAGAGUGCGAGGCAAUUCAAGCUUGCUGACGGUAAAAGCAUCCAGCUCCUUACUGCACUGGUGAUGCAGCUUGUUCAAACAACAGCGUUGGAUACACCCGUCUCGAGGUCAGCUAGGAUGAAGCGAAGACCCCCUGCUUCAGCGGGCGAUGAUAAUGACGAGUCUAUGGAAGAUGCUAAAUCGGAGGCGGAUGAAGGAGAGGAUGAAGAUGAAAAAGAAGCUUCUUUGGAACGUCUGGCGACGAAGGUCAACCGUCUCUAUGAUAAUGCAGUUCGCAGUGCGCAAUACAUUGUGAAAUUUAUCGUUCAGCGUGCAAUGACAUCUACGAAAACCGGCGAUCAACCGUUUCGAAAUAUUCUUGACCUCUUCACGGAGGAUCUCCUUGGCGUAAUAGGCUCCACCGACUGGCCAGCGGCAGAGCUACUCCUUCGAAUUAUGGCCUCGCAGAUGGUUGGAAUCGCGGAUCUUGACAAGAGCCCCGCCACUGCAAAAAGCAUGGCACUUGAGCUUCUGGGCUGGAUGGGUUCAGGGAUAUCGGAUCUUAUAGUAACUGCGCAACACUUGCUUCCAGCAAUGGAGGAAUUCGAUGGUGAUCUCACAGACUCUCUUAGGCAGUUAUUUGACGAGUAUUCGGCCCGCUCUUUACAUCCCCAGGAUCUUAUCGUCCCAGAGGGUCCUUACCGGAUGACUUUGGAAUACUUUCUACAAGACAAGAACGUGGAUGCUAGCGCUCGAGGUUUCUACCUGACACAUUGGGCGAAAACUGCCUGCUCUGUCUACUAUAACUCAGAAGACAAAGAGGAGAUUGGAUAUGACAAUGUCACCGAAAGUCUGGUUGGUCUUUUUAACAAACUGUUUUCUGACCCGCUUUGGUUGGAGACAAAUAGGCAUUUCGGCAAGGUCUCGAACGCCCACGGUAGAUUCGCCUACAUCUUGACAGUCUUGAAUUCAAGCUUCUGUAAAGCUUUCGACACCAUUCUCAAGGUUCUUCUCAACUCCAUUGUCAGUGAUCAGGCGAAGGUUCGCACUCGGAGUUUGAAAAGUGUUAUUUAUAUGCUUGAGAAAGACCCGAGUCUCCUUGACAGAGAUGCAUCUGUCAUGCGUGUGAUUUUGCGCUGUGCGACUGAUGCGUCACCCAUGGUCCGCGAUUCUGCACUGUCACUGAUUGCGAAAUGUAUCACCUUAAAACCGAAGCUCGAAGAAGAUGGUUGCCGGAGUAUUUUGGCAUGUGCUGGUGACCCGACAGCAGGUGUGAGGAAACGCUGCAUUGGCCUGCUUAGAGACAUCUAUCUCAGAACGCCUCGAACCGAAUUGAAGCUGGCGAUUUUGGACAGUUUUCUGCAGCGGACAGGGGAUUUGGAAGAGAGCGUGGCCACUUUAGCAUGUCAAACGUUCGAGGAGAUAUGGCUUGCUCCCUUCUACGACCUUAUCGAUUCGGCUCAGGAUGGCCCGAAGUUAAAGGUCGGUCUUGGAGAACAGGUAUCCUUGAUUGUGAAUUUGGUCCAGCGCAGCGACACAGCACUGGAGACUCUCGGUGCUUGUCUCAGGAAGGUCUUAUCCAGCAACUCGAAGUCUUCCUCCACCAACUUCAAAGUAUGCAAGGCAAUGGUCUCUACAAUGUUUGAAAAGCUUGUAGAAGACAACGAUAACUCAGGCAAACAGGAUCAGCAGGCCUUGCUGCAGACGAUCACCGUGUUCGCGAAGGCCAACGCGAAGCUGUUUAGCCCAGACCAGUUAGAAACCCUGCAUCCUUAUAUCGGACAUCUUGCCACUGCAGAAGAUCUCUUCAUCUUCCGGUCUGCCGUCGUGAUUUACCGCUGUGUUCUACCCUACCUGUCAUCGGCUCAUAAUACGCUCCUGAAGGAGAUUCAAAACGACCUUUUCAAGAGUGUGGCCAAGCUUGCUCGCUCGGAACUGAACGAGGUCAUGGCUUGCCUCUGGACUAUCAACGGUGUCUUGCAAAAUACAGACAGAUUAGUGAAGCUAACAAUCUCCGUUCUGAAGCCAAUCCAGCACUACAAAAACGUUGAUCUGUCCGAUAAUGCCAACUCGGCCGUCUUGGCUCGGGCGAAGAGCUACAUCCGAAUUGCGGGCUGUGUCGGGAGACAUUGCGAUCUCGAAAAGUACGAGCCGCACUUCAAGAGUUCGUUUCCGUCAUGGAACGGUGGGUCCGUCGCUGGCUUGAUGGUUGACUCCAUCGUUCCCUUUACAAUUUCUAAGCAACCGAUGGAAUUGAGGGUUAUGGCUCUUGAAAGUCUUGGGUCUAUCUGCCAAUCUUGGCCGGGCCAGUUCGGCCGGGACGAAUCAAGACAGAUUCUGUCCAUGGUGUUCAAAGAAGACAACCCGAUUCUACAGAACAUUGUGUUGAGAUCCUUUGCAGACUUCUUCGCAAUGCAUGAAGGCAGGGCCGAGAAGGCUGUCUUGCCAACUGCAGAAAUAGCAGACCAAGAGAACUCAACGAGAUUAGGCGGUUCAAUGAAGGCUAGUGACAACGAUGGAGCUGCCGCCCUGAUCGCCCAGCAUUUCCUACAGAACAUGCUUCGGGUUGCGCAAUCGCGGCAAGAUACUUAUGCCUUGACUGCUAUCGAGUUGAUUGCCAGCAUCAACCGUCAGGGUUUGGUACAUCCGAAGGAGUGUGCGGGUGUCCUCGUUUCGUUGGAGACCUCGACAGUCCCCGCCAUUGCCAAGAUUGCGUUUGAGACGCAUAAGAUGCUUCAUCAGCAAUACGAAUCUAUGUUCGAGCGAGAAUACAUGCGAGCUGUGCAGGAAGCGUUCUACUAUCAGCGUGACGUCGUUGGAGAUGCGAGCGGUGCCCUCAAUCGCCCAUACGUUGCCAAACUUGCCCCAUUGUUCGAGAUCGUCAAGAUCAGCAAUAGUCGGUACCAGAAGAAGUUCCUGUCAAACUUUUGCUCAAAAGUCAAUUUCGAGCUGAAGAAGCUGGAUGCUACUGGGAACCCACCAGAACAUCUCUUAAUGGCCCGGUUCGUCUCGCAGAACCUGGCUUUCUUUGAUUACAAUCAGCUUGCCGAGCUUGUGCCAACGAUAGGGUGUAUGGAGCACAUUGUCGCUUCGACAGGAACUGUUGUGGCUCAUUCAAUUGAGAUGGAGCUGUUCUUGCCUCAGCUUGGACUUGCGGAAGGAAUGCCGCCUGUUCCUCUGGCCGACCCGAAUGCACCCAUAAACCAACCGCCGCACCAAGUUAAAUCAGCUACGCUACGGUUGCUAGCUACUGCAGCUGCAGCACUCUCGAUGUUAUGGGAAGCGCGAACCUACUUACGCCGUCUCUACGGAGUGAAUGCACACGUACGGAACAAAGAGGCCAAGGGUGGGGCUAAGGAGCUGAACAAAUCAGCAACCAAGGUCCCUGGCGUAUCCGGUGAGAAGCUCUGGGAUGCUAUGGCACGGAACAUGGCAACACUGGAUAGCGAGGAGAACAUGAUCAGCAAGUGCCGCGAGUUCGCCACAUUGCUCGCGAUCGAUGAUGAGUUCAAGGUCGGAGAGGAUGAAGCUGUUGAGGACGACAGCCUUGAAGGAGCUGUAGAUGAUGACAUGGGUGCUACUAUGGCUGCACAGAGGCCUAUGAAACGAAAAAGCUCUGUUUCUGGGACGAAUCCACCCAAGAAGCCGCGAGCACGAAAGAAUGUAUCCGCGAAGAAGAGGGCCAGCACCGAGCCGGAUGAAGACAUGGACUGGGGUGAAUAA